AACGUGGGCUCGCGCCCCGCCUUUGUCUCCCGGGCGCGAGCCGCCGCAGCCCCGCGCCCGCCGAUUGCUGCCAGAGCCGCUUUGUGCCGCGGCGCGGGGGACCGGGGCGUGGAGCCGGCGGGCACAGCCUCAGCAUGGACGUGACCGUCUCGGAGCUCAUGGAGCUCUUCCUGCAGAGCCCGCUGGUGACCUGGGUGAAAACUUUUGGCUCAUUUGGAAGCGGCAACCAGGACAACCUGACAAUGUACAUGGAUUUAGCGGAUGGCAUCUUUUUGAACCAAAUCAUGUUGCAAAUUGACCCCAGACCAACAAAUCAGCGCAUCAACAAGCACGUUAACAACGACGUGAAUCUCCGCAUUCAGAACUUAACCAUCUUGGUGAGAAACAUUAAGACCUACUACCAGGAAGUUCUCCAGCAGCUGAUCGUAAUGAAUUUGCCCAAUGUUUUGAUGAUUGGCAAAGACCCGCUGUCUGGGAAGAGCAUGGAAGAAAUAAAGAAGGUGCUGCUGCUGGUGCUGGGCUGUGCCGUCCAGUGUGAGAGGAAAGAGGAAUUCAUUGAAAGAAUCAAACAGCUGGACAUUGAGACCCAAGCCGGGAUCGUGGCCCAUAUACAGGAGGUGACCCACAACCAGGAGAACGUGUUUGACCUGCAGUGGCUGGAACUCCCGGACGUGGCCCCGGAGGAGCUGGAGGCUCUCUCGAGGAAUAUGGUGUUUCACCUCAGGAGGCUCAUAGAUGAGCGUGACGAGUGCACGGAGCUGAUCGUGGACCUGACGCAGGAGCGGGACUACCUGCAGGCUCAGCACCCACCCAGCCCGCUCAGGUCCUCCAGCGCCGAGUCCACCCCCAGCCCCACCAGCAGCCUCUCCAGCGAGGACAAGCAGCACCUGGCCGUGGAGCUGGCGGACACCAAGGCCAGGCUGCGCCGUGUGAGACAGGAGCUGGAGGAGAAGACUGAGCAGCUUGUGGACACCAGGCAUGAGGUGGACCAGCUGGUGCUAGAGCUUCAGAAGGCCAAGCAGGAGAACAUCCAGCUGGCGGCUGAUGCCCGGUCUGCCCGUGCCUAUCGCGACGAGCUGGACUCCCUGAGGGAGAAGGCGAACCGCGUGGAGAGGCUGGAGAUGGAGCUCGUGCGCUGCAGGGAGAAGCUGCACGACGUGGACUUCUACAAGGCGCGCAUGGAGGAGCUGAGAGAGGACAACAUCAUUUUAAUCGAGACCAAGGCCAUGCUGGAGGAGCAGCUGACUGCAGCCCGGGCCCGGGGCGAUAAAGUUCACGAGCUGGAGAAAGAGAACCUGCAGCUGAAAUCCAAGCUUCACGACCUGGAACUGGACCGGGACACAGACAAGAAACGAAUUGAGGAGCUGCUGGAAGAGAACAUGGUCCUCGAGAUAGCCCAGAAGCAGAGCAUGAAUGAGUCGGUGCACCUCGGCUGGGAGCUGGAGCAGCUGUCCAAGAACGCAGACCUGUCCGAUGCCUCCCGGAAGUCAUUUGUGUUUGAGCUGAACGAAUGUGCCUCUAGCCGCAUCCUGAAGCUAGAGAAGGAGAACCAGAGCCUCCAGAGCACCAUCCAGGGGCUGCGGGAUGCAUCCCUGGCGCUGGAGGAGAGCAGCCUGAAGUGCGGAGAGCUGGAAAAGGAGAACCACCAGCUCAGCAAGAAGAUUGAAAAGUUACAGACCCAGCUGGAGAGAGAAAAGCAGAGCAACCAGGAUUUGGAGACCCUGAGUGAGGAGCUGAUCAAAGAGAAGGAGCAGCUGCAGAGUGACAUGGAGACCCUGAAGGCCGACAGAGCCAGGCAGAUCAAGGAUCUCGAGCAAGAAAAGGAUCAUCUCAACCAGGCAGUGUGGACGCUGCGGGAGAGGUCGCAGGUGAGCAGCGAGGCCCGGGUGAAGGACAUCGAGAAGGAGAACAAAGCCCUCCACCAGACGGUGACGGAGACCAGCAGCAGACUCAGCAAGCUGGAAUUCGAGAAGCAGCAGCUGCACAAGGACUUCGAACAGGCGAAGGAGAAGGUGGAGCGGGUGGAGGAGCUGGAGAAGGAGCUGCACCGGCUGGAGAAGGACAACGAGAAGCUGGCCAAGAAGGUGGCCUCCCUGAAGACCGCCACCGAGAAGGUGGACGCCCUGGAGCGCGAGAGUCGGGGCCUGGCUCUGGAGAACCGGAAGCUCAGGAAGUCGCUGGACACCCUGCAGAACGUGUCCCUGCAGCUCGAGGGUCUGGAGCGGGACAACAAGCAGCUGGACGAGGAGAACCUGGAGCUGCGCAGGAUGGUGGAGACCAUGCGCUUCACCAGUGCCAAGAUGGCUCAGAUCGAGAGGGAGAACCAGGAGCUCGAGCGGGAGAAGGAGGAGCUGAGGAAGAACGUGGAGCUGCUGAAGGCCCUGAGCAAGAAGUCCGAGCGCCUGGAGCUCAGCUACCAGGGCGUGAGCGCCGAGAACCUGCGGCUGCAGCAGACCCUGGAGAGCAGCAGCCAGAAGUCCCAGGCCCUGGAGCAAGAGCUCGGCGAGCUGGAGGCCGAAAACCAGGUCCUGCGGCGCGACCUGGAGGCCCUUCGGCUCUCCCACAAGCAGCUGGAGAGGGCUGAGAAGGACAGGAAGGCCCUGGAGCAGGAGGUGGCCCAGCUGGAGAAAGACAAGAAACUGCUGGAGAAGGAGGCAAAGCGGCUGUGGCAGCAGGUGGAGCUCAAGGAGGCGGUCUUAGAUGACAGCACCGCGAAGCUGUCUGCCGCCGAGAGGGAGAGCCGCGCCCUGGACAAGGAGCUGGCCCGCUGCAGGGACGCGGCCAGCAAGCUGAAGGAACUGGAGAGGGACAACAGGGACCUCACCAAGCAAGUCACCAUGCAUACGAGGACGCUGACCACCCUGAGAGAGGACCUGGUGCUGGAGAAGCUCAAGAGCCAGCAGCUGACCAGUGAGCUGGACAAACUGAGCCAGGGGCUGGAGAAGGUCGGCCUCCACAAGGAGCUGCUGCUACAGGACGAGAGCAACCAUGGCAACACAAAGUUCAAGAUUCUGGAGGACAGAAAUGACUCAUUAAAAACAACAUUAGCCCUGAAAGAAGAAAAGAUUGUGUUUUUAGAAGCUCAGAUGGAAGAGAAGGCCAGCCUGAACCACCAGUUGCAGAAUGAGCUCCAGGUGUUGAAGACCGAGUGUGAGGUCCUCAGGCAGAACCAGCAGGAAGGGAAGCACUUGGAGAACUCUUUCAAACACCCUGUGGACACUCUGGUCACCGGUCUCCAGGGGAAGGAGCCCUGGGGACCCAGCCACAAGGAAGCCACCAUGGAGCUGCUCCGAGUGAAGGACCGGGCCAUCGAGCUGGAACGGAAUAACGCAGCUCUGCAGGCAGAGAAACAGCUGCUCAAGGAACAGCUGCAGCACUUAGAGACCCAGAACGUGGCCUUCAGCAGUCAGAUCCUGACACUGCAGAAACAGAGCGCCUUCCUGCAGGAGCACAACACCACGCUGCAGACCCAGACGGCCACGCUGCAGGUGGAGAAUUCCACUCUGAGCUCCCAGAGUGCCGCGCUCACCGCGCAGUACACGCUGCUCCAGAACCAGCAGACGGCCAAGGAGAGCGAGAAUGAGAACCUGCAGAAGCAGCAGGAGCAGCUGACGGCGGCCUACGAGGCGCUGCUGCAGGACCACGAGCACCUGGCCGCGCUCCACGAGCGGCAGUCCACGGAGUACGAGGCCCUCAUCCGCCAGCACAGCUGCCUGAAGACGCUGCAUCGGAACCUGGAGCUGGAGCACAAGGAGCUCCGGGACAGGCACGACGACAUGCUGAAGCGUCAGGCGGAGCUGGAGGAGCGGGAGAAGGUUCUGAACACCGAGAGGGAGGCACUGCAGCAAGAGCAGAGGACGGGCGCCAUGGCCGUGGGUGAGAACCAGCGGCUGCGGGGAGAGCUGGACAGGGUCAAUUUCCUGCACCACCAGCUGAAGGGGGAGUAUGAGGAGCUGCACGCCCACACCAAGGAGCUGAAAACCUCCCUGAACAACUCACAGCUGGAGCUGAACCGCUGGCAGGCACGGUUUGACGAGCUGAAGGAGCAGCACCAGAACAUGGACAUCUCGCUGACCAAGCUGGACAACCGCUGCGAGCUGCUCUCCCGUCUCAAGGGAAACUUGGAGGAAGAAAAUCAUCACCUCCUGAGCCAGAUCCAGCUGCUGAGCCAGCAGAACCAGAUGCUUCUAGAGCAGAACAUGGAGAGUAAGGAGCAGUACCACGAGGAGCAGAAGCAGUACAUAGACAAAUUAAAUGCCUUACGGAGACACAAGGAAAAACUGGAGGAGAAAAUCAUGGAUCAGUACAAGUUCUAUGACCCUGCUCCCAAGAAGAAAAACCACUGGAUUGGAGCCAAAGCCUUAGUCAAACUCAUCAAACCAAAGAAGGAGGGUUCCAGAGAACGACUGAAGUCAACCGCAGACAGCCCUCCCUGGCAGCUGGAGUCCCCAGACCCGACGACGCCAUCUGCCUCCCAGCCCCUCCGGUUGCAGCCAGACAACCCCGAGACGGCCCCAUCUGGCUCCAACUGUGUGGAAGAGCAGGACCCCCUCAACGGGCCUGUGGGGAAAGGCCCUGGGGACCUAAAACCAAAGCAAGGGUCCCCGCACAGAGGCAGCCUUGACCGCACAGAUGCCUCCGCCGACCCGGCUGUGAAACCCUGGCCCUCGGAGCUGAGCUCCCGGACCUGUUCAACCUCAGCCAUCACUACAACACCUUCCAGCUCUACCCCCAUCUCCCGGCACCCAGGCUGCACCAAAGGCUAUAAUUCAGAUGACAGCCUCUGUGACCCGUCCCUGGAGCUGGAGUUCAACCACAGGCAGUACGUGUCCCGACCAGGCAGCUUGGAGAGCAGUCGAAAUGCAUCCAGCGACAGCUCGCCCCUCAACCUGAAAGGUUCCUCUGACCAGCUCCACAGGAGGUCCGAGAGCUUCAGCAGUGAAGACCUGAUCCCCAGCCGGGACACGGCCACUCUGCCACGGGACGCCAGCACCACGGGACGCGCCGCCCUCAGCCGCCAUGAGUGCCCCCCGCCCCGGAACGGGCCUCUGCCCCAGGAGGGCAUCCAGAAGAGGGGCGCGGGCCAGCCUCACGCUGGGGGACGGCCCAGCUCUGCCUCGCCGAGCAGUGAGAUGGUCACCCUGGAGGAGUUUCUGGAGGAGAGCAACCGGCGCUCCCCCACCCCUGACACUCCCAGCUGCCCGGAUGAUCUGCUAAGUGACUUCUUCAGAAAGGCCAGCGGUCUUCCGGCCAUUGGAAGCCAGCCGGGGCCACCUGCCAGGAGAGAAGGGGCCAAGAUGCCCACCAGCUUUGUGGCCCCUACCAUCAAGAUGCCUGUCAACACCCCUGAAGGGAAGUUGCUGAAGCCUGGACAGUACGUGAAGCCAAACUCCAGACCUGCCGAGGCCGAGGCCCCGCCCAGUGCCCCCCCGAGGCAGGCCCAGCCCCCCCAGAGCCUGUCACUGGGCAGACCCCGGCAGGCCACGAUGCCCCCGACGUCCCACACACCGGCCGGCCGGAGUGCGUCCCUGAGCCGUGCCUUUAGCCUGGCCUCGGCCGACCUUCUCCGGGCCAGUGGGCCAGAGGCUUGCAAACAGGAGGCCCCUCAGAAGCUGGGGGGUCCUGACACCUCAGGGGGCAGAGAAACAGGCAGUCACGUCCUGCAGAGCCCCACGCCCCCCACCUCCCACAGCCUGGCCCGGGAGCGGACCCCGCUUGCGGGAAAGACCUGCGGCAGCUCCGGUCAAGGCCCAGCCCCCCGCAGCCGGCCCCCGGACGUGAGGCGCUUCUCACUGGCUCCCCCAAAGGAGGAGAGGCUGGUCCCCCUGCAGCAGUCUGCCACGGCCCCGGCCAUCGCCUCCGGAGGUGGCGGUGCCUGUGGCAGCAGCUCCCAGCCCCAGCACUUUCCAUCUGCUGCGGCCCCGGCUGCCGGGACCAAACCCCAGACGCCCCCCCACUCAGGGGAGGCGGCCACCAUCGCCCCUGUCCGGGGGGCGCUCAGCCUCUCAGAGAGAGACGGGGUCCUGAGGCAAGGCCACGGUGAGGGCCUCCCUGCCAAGAGUCCGGGUAGGUCUCCCGACUUGGCUCCGCACACCAGCCGGGCCCCUGAGGACUUCAGCCGCGGAAGCAGCUUGAAGAGCACGCCGGUGUCCCCCGAGCCUGGCGGGGACCAGCAGACAGUGUGGUACGAGUACGGCUGCGUGUGACUUGUCCGGACCGGCGGCCCCUGAACCCUGAAACUACUGACUCCCCUUCUGGCGGUGACGGCCUUUGCUUCUGCCCCUGUGGUGCCAGGAAAG